GUGAACCGGCGGUUCCCCCGCUUCUGUUCCUAGUCCUCCCAAGUCACAGCCCGAUUCCCGGAGGCCCGAGCCCUUAGCCAGGGCGGGGUGGCGCGGGCCGAAAGGACGCCAUCCCGGCCUCGGCCAUGGAGGCUCCCGCGCCGUCUCUCACGGAGGAGGACUUAACUGAAGUGAAGAAGGACGCUUUAGAGAAUUUGCGAGUUUACCUGUGUGAGAAAAUCAUAGCUGAGAGACAUUUUGAUCAUCUACGAGCAAAAAAAAUUCUAAGUAGAGAAGACACAGAAGAAAUUUCUUGCCGAACUUCAAGUAGAAAAAGGGCUGGGAAGUUGUUAGACUACUUACAGGAAAACCCCAAGGGACUGGACACCCUUGUGGAAUCCAUUCGCAGGGAGAAAACACAGAACUUCCUGAUUCAGAAGAUAACGGAUGAGGUGCUAAAGCUUCGGAAUAUAAAACUGGAGCACCUCAAAGGCCUGAAGUGCAGUAGCUGUGAGCCCUUCGCAGCUGGAGCCACCAACAACCUUUCUAGGUCCAAUUCUGAUGAGAGCAACUUCUCCGAGAAACAGAGACCAUCCACGGUCAUCUACCAUCCAGAGGGAGAGUCGAGCACUGCUCCCUUCUUCUCUACCGAGUCAUCCCUGAAUCUGCCGGUCCUGGAAGUUGGCAGGCUGGAAAACAGCAGCUUCUCUUCAGCCUCGCUUCCUCGGCCUGGGGACCCUGGGGCCCCCCCUUUGCCCCCAGACCUGCGGUUAGAAGAGGGGGGGAGUUGUGGAAACUCAAGUGAGAUGUUUCUCCCCUUACGGUCACGGGCUCUUUCACGGCAGUGACAGGUCACUGCGAGUUGUUCUAAUAGUGGUGCAAAUGGUGUGGUGGAUAUCAUCUUUUUAUAAAUCACGGGAUGCGAGUCUUAAAUCACAGGUGCACAUAACAUUCUCUGUAAAUAGGAUUGGAAGUGUAAUGGAGCACACUCUAGGGGCAGCUUGGUGUAAAUCAUGGUGGUCGUGUACUUUUCAGCAUUGUCCUUUUUUAUUAUUUUAAGUGUUUUGGUAUUUUGAACUUUUUUAUAAGACUAAUUUUAUCAAAAUAUUUCUCAAUUUGAGAAAACAACUUGUGGACCGAAAACCCUACAAGUUUUCCGCCUGGUUGUGUUUCCUGGUGAUCUGACAGUACAUUUUAGCAGUAAGCUGUUCUGACUUUCAGGAAAGCCAGACAUGGGGAGAGCUGCUGACACACCCUCAGGAGAAUGUCCCACUCCGUGCUUCUGAGAAGCCGUCAGGUUCUGAGGAAACACCUGAUGGCGUUGAGCCUUGUGAUCUCAGUUGGCCAGAAUUUGUUGUAUACCUUGCCAGUAUGAUUGUCUUUGCCUUUUACAGACCUUGUGUCCUCAGUCUUGGCCUGAAGAAUGUUAUCCCGGCAGGGCGCUCCUUGUAAUUAAUUGGUAACACUUGUAAUUAGCUAAAGUCCUUGCUCUGAGCCUUUCCUUCUCUGCCGAUGAGCACUGCCAUGUGGAGUUACUGUAUUACAAAGUUGGCUAACUUUACACAUUUAAAAAGUGCUGAUUAUUUUCUUUUAAAUUAUACCUAUUUCUGACAUCUAACUCCUAUAUAUUUCUAUUAUUUAAAAAUUAAGAAAUGAAAAGUUUCUAUUAACAAUAAAAGUUUUUUUAA